CUGGUCCAAAUAUAAAAUCGCAUUUUUGUGAUUUCGCCCUAACGUCUCCCUCCCAUUCUUUAUUCCUAUUUUCUUACAUUCUGCUUCAAUUUCUUUUUUUUCCCUCUCUUGUCUACAUCUUUUCAAAUUCAUUUGCAAUCUCAGCAGAAUCUUCUGUUGUGCACACAGACAAUGGCUUCUCGAUUUACUGAACAUUUUGAUGACGAAUUGUAUUUAAUUCAUGAUCUAUGCUAUCUUCAAGCCAAAUCCAUGCAGCUCACAAAUACUACCACCAAUACCACUACUGCUACUGCGAGCAAUAGUUCAAUUACAGCCAACCAUCACAUCUCCAAUGUACCCUUAUGUCUCAUAGCUUCAACCAAUAGUACAUUUACUGCAAACCUGCAUCAAUCUAUCGUACGUAAAAGAUCUCUGUGCAAUACCUUUGAUUCUUUAUCUACAUUUACAACAUCAUCGUCCUUCAACUACUUUACGAGAAAGACCCGCCAUUCCAAACAAGAGCGUAAUAAUAGCCAAUGUACCUUGAAGAGACAGAACAGGGUGAGAACAAGACAAUUCAAAAAGAGUAAAAUUGCCUACGAAGCAUCAGAUCACCAACUAUCUGUGACACCAUCUGGGUCCUUCGUAUCAUUAGAACACCAAAAACACCAAAAAAGUGAUGCCUUCCUGUUCGAUUCCAUCAAUCAUCCGAUCAAACAAAGCGUUCCUCAUAGUAGGACGAUGCAAUUCAGUGAACCAAAUACCAGCCAUAAUGCCAUCAAAAAUUGGUGUAUAAAGCAAAAGACUAAAUUUGUUAGAUUAAGACAAAUUAUCUUUGUUUGAAACGUCUCCCAUCCAUCCGUAACUUACAUUCAACGAACGAACAAUACCUACAACAAAUGUUUUCUUAUUCUUUUUGAUGAUCCAUGUUAUUAUGAGUAAUUCGCCAAUUUAAGGCAUUGAUACCCUUCUUGACAGCCUUUGACUGUUGAACGAUACUAUUUAUUGAUUUUGUGUUUAUUCCCUCUCUUACUCUAUCAGCUGUUAUUCCCCCAAAAUAAUUCCCUUUUAUUCUCAAAUGUUGUAUAGAAGUUCUUAUUUAUUUUGUAAAUAAAG